UAACGGCAUGACUUUCUGAGGGCAAUGAGUCUCUGUUCAAGGAUGCUUAUUCUCAUAUUUUGAAUGAGUGCUCAGAAAAAGCGUGUAAAUACUUAAUCGAUAUCAUACUGCUAUCUCUACUAAGAUGAAAUGACCCCACUACCCGUGCGUCUUGAAGACUAUUCCAACGAGAUCUUCAGGCAUGCAUCGGUCUACCCAAUGGCGGUGAGCGUAUUGCUAGUCUACAGGGAAGCACAUGCUAUCUCGGACCGAAAUGCGUAUCAACACAUUGUACAUACAAACCCUACCAAGAGAAGAAAGUACACCACGGAUAGUAGAAACGGUAACUGAAGUAGUGAGAUCGGAAA